CUGAAGCUUUAUAGGAGGAGAACAUUGUCUUGGCAGGAAAGAGCAUGAGACCACUGACACCGCAAACCCCCUCAGCACCUCCGGGUGGGAUCUUCGAACAAACAGAGGGAGGACCUAUUCAGCUUGUUAGCGCCGAGGAGCUUGCCUUUAAAUUUGCUGUCAAUAACAUUAACAGAAACAGGACUUUGUUGCCAAACACAACACUAACAUAUGACAUACAGAGGAUUAAUAUCUACGACAGUUUUGAGGCGUCGAGAAAAGCUUGUGACCAGCUGUCUUUAGGUGUGGUUGCAAUAUUCGGGCCUUCACAUAGCUCAUCGUCAAAUGCCGUGCAGUCCAUCUGCAACGCGUUGGAGGUGCCGCACGUCCAGGUGCGGUGGAAACAUCAUCCCAUGGACAACAGGGACUCCUUUUACGCCAAUUUAUACCCAGAUUAUGCUUCCUUAAGCUAUGCUAUCUUGGACCUGGUGCAGUUUCUUAAGUGGAAAACAGCCACUGUGGUGUAUGAUGACAGCACAGGACUGAUACGGCUUCAGGAGCUGAUUAUGGCUCCCUCCAGGUACAACAUCAGACUAAAGAUCCGUCAGCUUCCUCUCGACUCGCAGGACACGAGGCCUCUGCUCAAAGAAAUGAAGAGGAGCCGCGAGUUUCGCAUCAUCUUCGACUGCAGUCACAACAUGGCUGCACAGAUUCUCAAACAGGCCCAGACCAUGGGGAUGAUGACAGAGUAUUACCACUAUAUCUUCACCACUCUGGACCUGAUGGCCAUUAACCUGGAGCCGUAUCGCUUCUGUGGGGUCAACAUGACCGGCUUCCGUAUCCUAAACGUGGAUAAUCCCCAGGUUUCAUCCAUCGUGGAGAAAUGGUCGAUGGAGAGGCAGAUACCACCUAAACCUGACUCAGGCCUGCUGGAGGGCAUCAUGACGACAGAUGCGGCUCUGACCUAUGACGCAGUCCACAUUGUGUCCGUCUCAUACCAGCACGCUCCACAGAUGACGGUGAACUCGCUGCAGUGCCACCGCCACAAACCCUGGAGAUUUGGAGGACGCUUCAUGAGCUUCAUCAAAGAGUCUCACUGGGACGGUCUCACAGGCAGACUGUCAUUCAACAAGACAACCGGCUUGCGCACAGACUUCGACCUGGACAUCAUCAGUCUGAAGGAGGACGGACUCGAAAAGGUGGGGAAGUGGAGUGCGUCCGGAGGUCUUAACAUCACAGAAGUGCCGAAGCGAAAAGGAAUGAACAUCACUGACUCACUGGCGAACCGCUCCCUCGUCAUCACCACCAUCCUGGAGGAGCCAUAUGUCAUGCUUAAGAAGUCUGACAAGGCGCUGGUUGGGAACGACCGCUUCGAAGGAUUCUGCAUCGACUUGCUCAAAGAGCUGGCCAACGUCCUGGGCUUCACGUAUGAGAUCCGUCUGGUGCCUGAUGGGAGAUAUGGCUCUCAGGAUGAGAAGGGCCAGUGGAACGGCAUGAUCAGGGAGCUCAUCGAACAUAGGGCUGACUUGGCCGUGGCUCCUCUCACCAUCACCUACAUGCGUGAAAAGGUCAUCGACUUCUCCAAGCCCUUCAUGAACAUGGGCAUCAGUAUCAUCUACCGCAAACCUAACGCCACCAACAGCGGCUUCUUCUCUUUCCUGAACCCCAUGACUCCCGACAUCUGGGUCUACAUCUUGCUGGCCUACCUCGGUGUUAGCUGUGUCCUUUUUGUCAUUGCAAGGUUCAGCCCUUACGAGUGGUAUGACGCCCACCCCUGUAACCCUGGAUCAGACGUAGUGGAGAACAACUUCACCCUGCUCAACAGCUUCUGGUUUGGCGUCGGCUCCUUAAUGCAACAAGGAUCUGAACUGAUGCCCAAAGCCCUGUCGACAAGGAUCAUCGGCGGUAUCUGGUGGUUCUUCACGCUCAUCAUCAUAUCAUCGUAUACAGCUAAUCUAGCAGCCUUUCUCACCGUGGAGAGAAUGGACUCGCCCCUUGACUCAGCUGAUGACAUCGCCAAGCAGACCAAGAUUGAGUAUGGUGUGGUUAAAGAUGGUGCAACUAUGACUUUCUUCAAGAAAUCUAAGGUUUCUACUUUUGAGAAGAUGUGGGCUUUCAUGAGCAGCAAACCCAGCACAUCUCUGGUGAAGUCUAUCGAGGAUGGGAUCCAGAGGGUGCUGAAGUCUGACUAUGCCCUCAUUAUGGAGUCCUCCACGAUCGAUUACAUCACUAGGAGUAACUGUAACCUGACGCAGGUGGGGGGGCUCAUCGACAGCAAAGGCUACGGCAUCGGGACUCCUCUUGGCUCCCCGUACAGGGACAAAAUCACCAUAGCAAUCCUAAGCAUCUUGGAGGAUGGGCGCCUACACAUGCUGAGGGAGAAGUGGUGGAGUGGGAGCAGCUGUUUGGAUGAAGAGCGUCGCGAGACAGGCCCCAUGGGUAUCCAGAACCUGGGUGGUAUAUUCAUUGUGCUGGCAUCUGGCCUAGUGCUGUCUGUUUUUGUGGCAAUUGCUGAAUUCAUCUACAAGCUGAGGAAGACUGCAGAACGUGAGCAGGUCUUUGUGCAGUGCCAUGGUGGACGAGAUCAGACUGUCGUUCACCUGCGAGAGGCGGGUGAAACACAAGCCGCAGCCUCCGGUCAUGGUGAAGACGGAUGCAGUGAUCAACAUGCACGCCUACAACGACCGACGACUCCCGGGAAAGGACAACAUGAGUUGCAGCACUGGGAUGACUCCCGUCUUUCCGUGACACUGUGCUCCCCCCAGGGCAAGAACCUCCUGAGCAAUGUGUCGGGGGCCGUGCCAGAGACUAGAGACAAUGGCAUAGAUGGGAUCACAAGAUUCACCAUUAACCACAGUGACUUUGGGACACUUACAAAACAUGGGCAACUGAAAAUGGCAGCAUCAGCCACACAGGUAUGACAACAUUCACCACUGUUCUCCAAACCAUAAGAUAUACAAAAAGAACACUCUGGGGAGGUUCUGAGGAAACAGUAUACCCAAUUUAUCAGUUUUAAGUCUGAUGUUUACGUGCGCAACACAAAAACACAAGAAAAAACACAUCUUUCAAGAAUCCUCAAUCGGAGGAAAGACUGCAAUUUUUAUUGGAUACAGACUGAGGCAAGAAAAAAGGCUUUGCUAAGAAUGGCAAUAAACGACAGAUAAACAUGGAGGACAAAGAAGAGACACUUCCAUGUUGUUUUUUUCACAUUCAAAUAAUAUCCAGUUCUUACCUACAGUAUAUCCUGUUGAUUCACACAAGCUCUUGAACGGCCCUUGACACCUGAAAAUAAUGUUACCUCAAACGUGUCGUCGAAGCUUGAACCCGCCACUGUUCAACUCAUACAAUGCAGGAUCUUCUGACAGCAUGGUUCACAGGGACUUAAACGAUCACUUGUCCAAAAAUUAUACAGUAUGUCAACCCAAAGGACGACACCACUGUUCAGUAUUAUGAAUAGGCUUGAAGCUCAAUUUGAAAAUCAAUACAUUGAUGCCAAGCGAAGCUGGAAUGGGGAGAUGCCAUGGAAGAAUUGGAUUGUGUUGAUUUAUGUCAUGGGAAAAACAUUAAGAGUCGAUUUUUUUUUUUUUGUCAUGAUUGAAUCUGAAUCAAUUAAAUUGCCAAAGAUCUGACCAUUCAGCAGAACUCUGUACAGGACAGUAUGGGCUACUGCUCAGUCAAAGAUUCAGGGGGAAUCAUUUUGGUUUCAAAGCUAUAUUAAAAAACAAAACAUUGAAGUUCAAACAGAUGAUUUUAAGGACCUUUUUCCCCCAAUCAUGCAGGGUAAUAUGUAUCUGAAGUCACUUGUAUUUGGCACAUUCAUAGAGUUGAAAUGGAUGGUAUUGCGAACCACCUCACCUCAUAGUAUUGCUAUCAUCACUUUAAUGUAAAACAACCGAUGCUAAAGAAGCAGAAGGAAAGAACUGACUCACCUUCUUAACCUCUGUCCUGUCCAAAUAAAAAAAAAAGAUCUCUCUGUAA